AUGCUCGGUACUCACCUUUGUACUUUUACCAGUACUAAUCCUUUUCUCACAGCUGAUGAUCAGCUGAUUUUAUAUGGCGUGAUACUACCCGGACUAAUCUUUCAGCUGAUUGCAUNGUCAAAUAAACAUGAAAAAGAAACGAAUGAAAAUGAUGAUAAUGCUAUUAUUAUGGAAGAUGCAUCAUUUUCUUGGAAAGAUACUCCUACUUUGUUUUCUCUCAAUCUCAAAGUCAAAAAUGGAACUUUAGUUGGAGUAAUGGGUCAGAUUGGUGCUGGUAAAUCAACGCUACUCGCUGCUAUUCUAAAUGAGAUUAAUCUUACAAGUGGUAAAUUACAAUUAUAUAUUAAUUCCAUUUCAUAUGCACCACAAUCAGCCUGGAUAUUUGCUGAUACAAUACGAGCGAAUAUUCUUCUUGGUAAACCAAUGGAUAAUGAACGUUAUAAUAAUGUGAUCAAAGCAUGUUGUCUUGAUAUUGAUCUCGAAAGUUUUAGUGAAGUUGGUGAUUUAAUGAUCAUUGGAGAUAAAGGAACAAACUUGAGUGGUGGACAAAAAGCUCGUUUAUCACUUGCACGUGCUCUAUAUGCUGAUACUGAUUUAUAUUUACUCGAUGAUCCACUUGCUGCUGUUGACCCAAAAGUAGCCAAGUUAAUUUUUGAUCAAUGUAUUGGUCCUCGUGGUUUUCUUCAGAAAAAAAACUCGAAUAUUGAUUACACAUCAAAUACAUUUCUUAGUUGA